CUAAAGAUGAGUUCAUCGGAUUCAGAAGACGACUGCUACGGGAAUGCAGCACAAAAGUUACAACAAAUAUUAUUAAAUAAGAAAAAGGAGCAUUUAAUAACAGACACGUUCAAUGAUAGUUUCGAUCGUUAUAAUUUAGAGAACCCAUUAUCAAUCGGCGGAAGCCACGUUACGAACACGGAUGGGUUAAUAAAAGACCACGAUUAUGUCCAUGUCGUCAAANCAUCGGAUUCAGAAGACGACUGCUACGGGAAUGCAGCACAAAAGUUACAACAAAUAUUAUUAAAUAAGAAAAAGGAGCAUUUAAUAACAGACACGUUCAAUGAUAGUUUCGAUCGUUAUAAUUUAGAGAACCCAUUAUCAAUCGGCGGAAGCCACGUUACGAACACGGAUGGGUUAAUAAAAGACCACGAUUAUGUCCAUGUCGUCAAAGAAACUGUGCCAAAGAGUAACAAACGUGUUACACGAUCUAAAGGGAAUGUUGAAGCAGUAAUAGUGGAUCCAGUAGAGCCGCCAUCAAAAAGAACUCGUGCGAAGACCAAAAAGAACUCCGAAAGUACGCAGCAGAUCUCACCGACGCCCGAGGCCGGGAGAGGAGGUCGCUCAAAAAGAGCUAGGAAUAUUAGGGGUCGGAAUACUAGCAGAGGUCGUGCCAAUAGAAGCCGGAGUACUGGUAGAGGUCGGGGCAACUUUCAUCGAGAAACUGAAGAUAUACCGACUUUCAGUAUAGGCAACACAGAUUACUACCCAGACACAUCUCACUCGCAAACAUUAUUCGUUACCAAACCCAAAGACGUAGUAGUCCUGGACACAGAGGACUUGGACAAUGAAGAGCUCUCCGUCAAAGUGUACUGGAAAAGCUCGGAAAUAUUUAAAUUUCAAAUAAGAAAAUACCAGAAGUUGAAACCGAUAUUCGAUCACUUCGGUAACAAAGAAAACAUAAGAAAUGAAAAACUUUAUUUUACAUAUAACGAUGUUGUAAUCAAAAUAGAUGAUUCUCCGGACAGCAUAGGUUACAACAUCAGUAGGUUCAUUGAAGGAGGUAUCGUUAAUGAGUGUGUCGAUACUUUGACUCCGAAACUGGACAAUGAUAUUGUAAACGGCAUUAAUGUCAAGUUUCAGUGUCAGAAUGAGAAAAAACCAUUUCAGAUUACAAUCAGUAAAGAUGACACAAUGUCAUUGGCUAUGUUAAAAUGUGCAGAGCACUUCGAGAGGGCUUUGGAAAAGUUGCUGUUUUAUUUUGAUGGCGAUUUAAUAUCAGGUAAAAAUACACCAAACGACUUAGAACUAGAAGAUGGUGAUUGUAUAGAUGUAAAAAUUGUUAGAUGAUAUUAAAUAAAUUAUGACAAAAAUAUAUUA